AUGGCAGUCGAAGGAGGCGCUACUUCCCCGGGCCCUCGGGAGAAGCUCGACGCUCAGAUCAAGAGCGCGGACAUGACGGACGACAUGCAGCAGGAGGCCAUCGACAUCGCUCAAGAGGCAAUGGCGAAAUUCACGAUCGAGAAGGACAUUGCCCAGCAUAUCAAGAGAACAUUUGACGAGCGCAAGGGUCCCACAUGGCAUUGUAUUGUCGGGCGGAACUUUGGAAGUUUCGUAACCCAUGAAACCAAGCACUUCAUCUACUUUUACCUCGGCCACUGCGCCAUUCUUCUCUUCAAGACACAAUAG